AUGGGUGUCGUCGGUGUUGACGCGUCAAAGCAGACUUAUAUGCUCAAGAUGGAUUUGCGUUUGAUCCCUAUUUUAGGGUUCACAUACACAAUUCUCUUCCUGGACAGAACCAACAUUGCGAAUGCCAGAAUCGAGGGACUGGAGAAAGGUCUCAAUAUGCCAGCAAAUGGCUACAACACGGCCCUGUGGAUCUUCUUCAUACCCUUCAUCCUGAUUGAGAUGCCCAGUAACUUGGUCAUGGGUUUGCCUCGUGUGCGACCUAAUAUUUUCCUCGGCAUCAACAUGUUGCUCCUUGGGGUCGUCGCUACGUGUCAAGGAUUGACUCGUUCGUACGGUGGGCUGCUUGCAUUGCGCUUUCUGAUGGGAAUAUUCGAAGCCACCUUGCCAGCUGGGGCUGCUUUCUUGAUCAAUGAGUACUAUACCCGCGCGCAGGUGUCUAUCCGAUUCGCAUGCUUCUUCUGUUUUGGUACACUGGGUCCUUGCAUCAGCGGUCUACUGGCCUACGGUCUUCGCAACAUGCAUGGGAUCUCUGGGCUUGAGGGUUUCAGAUGGAUCUUCAUAAUCGAAGGUCUCAUCACUAUCUUGAUUUCAUUCUUCGUGGUCGCCUUUGUGCCAGACUUCCCAGAGAGGACCAAGAUCCUGAGCCCUGCUGAACGAGAUCACCUCCUUCAGGUGCUCCAACGGGAUAAGGGGCGCCAGAAGCUAGAUCUGAAGAAGGUGAAUUGGCUAAGGACCAUAACCGACUACAAGAUCUGGUUCCCGACCUUGAUCUUCUUCUGCUGCGAUAUGACGGCCGCAUCCAUUGCUUCCUUCGCCCCCACAAUCCUGACUGAACUCGGUUGGACGGCUGCUCAAGCGCAAGCGAUGACAGUACCCAUCUGGCUCAACGGGAUGGUCUUCCAAGUUAUUGGUGCCUUUUUGGCAAGCCGAACAGGGUGGCGCUUCCCAUUCAUUUUCUUCGGUGUGCUGUGUGUCACCGCUGGUUGGGCCAUCCAGAAUAUCUAUUCAAGACAUGGUGAUGUGUCGGCUGCUGUACGGUACUUCAGCCUGUUCUGCAUGAGCGCCGGAACAUUCCUUCAAAUGACAAUGUCGACAGCCUGGAUGUCGAACAAUCUACGCGGACGCGCCAGCUUUGCUGUCGGCACGGCCAUUGUCCUUGGAUUCGGCAAUUGUGCGAAUUUUGUCGCGACGAACGUCUUCAUCAAAGCUGAGGCGCCCCACUACCCCACGGCCUUCACAACAGGGCUCACCAUCACAGUCGCAGGCGGUGGCUUCUGCCUGGUCUAUGCAGCACUGCUGUGGCGACACAAUCAACGGCUGUCGAGGAAAAGAGCAGUAGAAGGAGGCGAGGACGACCAGGAAGACUAUAUGUACCAGAUCUAG